AUGUCCUCAGUGAUCACGUCGCUCACACCGAACCAGGUCAACGAUGAGCUGCACAAGAUGCAGCAGUUCAUCCUGAAGGAGGCGCAGGAGAAGGCCCGGGAGAUCCAGUUGAAGGCGGACCAAGAGUACGAGAUCGAGAAGACUGCCGUCGUGCGCCAGGAGACCGCAUCUUUGGAUGCUAACUACGCGGCACGGCUCAAGGCCGCCGCUCUCAAGCAGCAGAUUGGUAAGUCCACAGUCGCGAACCGGAUGCGGCUCAAGGUGUUGGCCGAGAGAGACACCGCACUAGCUGAUAUCUUCGCUGAGGCAAGACAGUCUCUUGCGAAGAAGUUGCAGGGUGACGCUGCGGAGUACAAGCGUGUAAUGAGAGGGCUUAUCAGGGAGUCCCUGUUGCGGUUGCUUGAGCCGCAAGUCGUGUUACGUUGCAGGGAACAGGAUAUCCCGCUCGUAGAGUCCCUUGCUAAGGAACUCGCCAGCGAGUACGAGCAAGAGACGGGCGGGCCCGUCGAGAUCACCACGCUGAGCAAGCCUGGGGAACACUGUCUCCCAGGGGACGCCCUCGGAGGUGUCCUCGUCUCGGACCCGCGCGGGAAGGUCACUCUCGACAACACCCUCGACGAGAGACUCGUCCUGCUAUCCCAGGAGGCGCUCCCAGCGAUCCGUCUCGAACUGUUCGGCAUCUCCAAGACAAGAAAGUUCUUCGACUGA